GAGAUGCAAGUUGGAUUGUUGGAUUGUUGCUCCAAAAAUGGGUAGAAAAAGUGGAAAUAAGGAAGAAGUUCCUGAAGAUAUUGGUGCGUUUGAAGCUCGUGAAUAUUUACGGAAACGUUUAGUGGGGAAAGAAGUAAUUUUCAAGAAAUUGUAUUCGGUACCAAUUGGACCAAGUGGAAAUCGAGACUGUGGUCUGGUUUAUGUGGAUGGAGAUGAAUAUUCACUGAACGAGAGACUGGUUGAAGAAGGUUUAGUUGAAGUAAUUAAACGUCGCCAGAAUGAGGAAUCAUUGGUGUAUAAGCGUCUGAUUGAAUUGGAGGAAGCAGCAAAAGAAGGGAAGAAAGGAAAAUGGUGUCCAGUGGGUGAGAAGAGAUCAUUCAAGAGACGAAGUGUAUUGCAAGAAGUGAGCGCUGAGACUGCGGAAUCUUUGAAGGGUAAAAGUUUCAAAGAGAAUGCAAUAGUUGAAUAUGUUCAAAGUGCGGAUCAAAUGAGGAUAGCGCUUUGCAUGUCCAAGGAUAAAGGAGAAUGGCAAAUGAUAACAUUGCGAUUAUCUGGGAUAAAGUGUCGUCCGGAAAGCUCAUCAUUGGUGGAGGAGAGUAAAUUUAUUGUGGAGAGUCGACUUUUACAACGAGACGUUAUGGUGAAAAUAGAGUCACUGCAACGAACGGGAGACAAUCCAAUUUUGUUUGGAUCGGUGUUUGGAGGUCGUGACUUGGCCAACAAUAUAGCGGUGGCUUUGUUGAAGGAAGGGUAUGCAAGUAUAAUCGAUGCGACAUUGAAACUGGUGCCUGACCCAGCAGCCUACAGAUCGGCUUUAGCAGAGGCCAAAUCGAAGCGUUUGAGGAUUUGGAAAGACUACAAGGGAGGCGAUGAAGGUAAAGGAGGAGCAGGGGGAGUAGGAGGAGGUGAAGGUAAUAAGAGUGGUGUUGGAGGAAGUGGUGCCAAUGGAAUGUACAAUGGAAAGGAGACAUUUGAUGGUAAAGUGAUCGAGAUAAUCAACGGGGAUGCGUUGAAUGUGUUGACGAAUAAAGAAAAAGUGGUCAAGAAGGUGUUUUUAGCAUCUAUUCGUCCACCACCACGUCGAGCGGAUGUAGCACCGGAUCAAAAGAUUCGAGCUCUGUAUGAUACACCUUACAUGUUUGAAGCGCGAGAGUUUUUGAGGAAAAAGCUGAUUGGUAAAACAGUCAAGGUAAUUGUGGACUAUGUUCAACCAAAGAACGAGAAUUUCCCGGAGAAAACUUGUGCCACUGUGAUGCUGGGAAAUGUGAACAUUGGGGAGGCUCUGGUUUCCCGUGGAUUGGCGACUGUGGUCAAGUAUCGAGCGGACGAGGAGAGGAAAGCGACAAAUUAUGACCUUCUAAUGGACGGAGAGAUGAAGGCUGAAAAGGCAAAGAAAGGAUUACAUGGUAAAGAAGGACAAGCAAAGAAGAUUGUUGAUUUGUCGUUUGAUUCAAGUAAAGCCAAGUCAUUUAUGCCUUUCUUGAUAAAAAGCGGAUCGAUGGGAGUUCGUAAAGAUGGUUGUGUGGAACAUGUUUACUCGUCUUCUCGGAUAAAGGUGUUUAUACCGAAGGAGAAUUGUUUGAUUAACUUGAUUGUUGGUGGUAUAAACGCGGACAAAGCAAGUGAAUCAAAGUAUGGCCAAGAAGGAUUUGAAUUGGUCAAGAGUUUGGUUCACCAACGAGAUGUACAAGUUUGUGUUGAGAAUAUGGAUAAAGUGGGAAACUUUAUUGGUUAUGUUUAUUACGAGGUGGAAGGUGGAAAUUGGAAAAACUUGUCACUAACACUGAUCGAGAAAGGAUUGGCAACAAUACGAGAUGCUCGUGAUGGAGAGAUGAUUAAAGCGGAAGAAGAAGCAAAGAAAGAAAAGAUUGGACUAUGGGCUGAAUGGGUUCCUGAAGAAAACGAAGAAGAUGAAGAUGGAGAUGAAAACGUUUCAUCAGAUGAAGAAGAUGAUGAACGUGAAGAUGGAAUCGACAAUUCCGACAGAGACUUACCUGCUUUAGGAGCAACAAUAAUACCAGAGAAAAAGGAUAAAUCAACGAUGAAUGAUGAAAAUAAUGCGAAUGGAAUUGAAAGCACAUCGUCCGGAACAACGGGCGAAAACUCGUCGACAACAUUGACAACAACGAAAACAACGAGUGGCGAGAGUAAAAAGAAAAGCAAAGGAGGAAAGAAAGAAAGUGUUAGUGAAGACUAUUCGAAAUUGGAGAAAGUUGUAGUCGUAGAAAGUAAUAGCGAUUUGUCGGGUUUCUAUGCUCAACACAUAAAACAAGGUGAAAAAUUAGAAGCUCUUUUGGAUUCAAUGAGAGGAGAUUUGAAACAAAAUCCACCGACACCGUUAGCAGUGACCUUUAAGAAGGAGAUAUUGUGUGUAAAGUAUGUGGAUGGGCGAUGGUACUGAGGAAAGAUUGAUAAAUUAAACGUGGCCAAGAAAACGGCAGAUAUUUUCUUCAUUGAUUAUGGUAACUGUGAGGAGGUUUCACAGGAGCAUUUGGCACCUUUACCAUCGGCUGAUUACUCAAUAAACAGUUUCCCGGCUGCAGCGACAUUAUAUGGAUUGGCGUUCAUGACAUUA